CGUACUGGUGUGGUAAGCGCGGCCCGGGCCGCCGCCGCAUAAUCGUUCUCAAUUAACGCGCACCAGCUGUAUCGAAGAUGUCUGCUGGCGACUGGUGCUUGGUUGAGAGCGACCCUGGAGUGUUCACUGAGCUCAUCAGGGAGUUUGGGGUUCAAGGUGCACAGGUCGAAGAGGUAUGGAGCCUUGACGAGCAAUCUUUUGAGAACCUGAAGCCGGUCCACGGGCUGAUAUUCCUGUACAAGUGGAGGUCAGAGGAGCCAGCGCAGGGCUCAGUAGUUCAAGACAGUCGAUUGGAGGACAUUUUCUUUGCCAAACAGGUGAUCAAGAAUGCGUGUGCCACACUGGCCAUUCUGAACCUCCUCCUGAACACCUCUCACCCUGACGUCACUCUCGGCUCAACUCUCUCCGAGUUCAAGGAGUUCACUCUUCCUCUGGACCCCUCAAGCAGAGGGCUGGCUGUGACUAACUCUGACCACAUCCGCAAGGCUCACAACAGCUUCUCCAGGCAGCAGAUGUUUGAAUUUGACGAGCAGCUGGCCAAAAAGGACGACGACGUGUUCCAUUUCGUGGCCUACGUGGAGGUCAAAGGUCGACUCUACGAGUUGGACGGACUGAAAGAGGGCCCGGUUGAUUUGGGGAAGUGUGACGAGGGUGACUGGCUGAAAACCGUGAAACCUGUCCUCGACCAGCGAAUCCAGAGCUAUACAGCAGGUGAGAUACACUUCAACCUGAUGGCGAUAGUGACGGACAGAAAGAUGCAGUUGGAGAGACAGAUCACCCUGUCCGAGAGCCAGCGUGACAUGGCUGCAAAGAGAAUAGAAGCUCUAAUAGCAGGAGAAGUGGCAAUGGAGGACAGCAGUGGCCUGCCCAGUGACCCAGCCGAGCUGCAAACAGUCAUCGAAGAGGCUGAGACUCAACUGGCCAGCCUCCAGGAGAAGAUGGCAGAGGAGACUAGCAAACUGGAGCGAUACAAAUUGGAGAACAUUCGCCGAAAGCACAACUACCUUCCUCUCAUAAUGGAGCUGCUGAAGAUACUGGCACGCAGGGGUCAGCUGGUCCCUCUCGUAGAGCAGGCAAAGAGAAAGAAACAGCAGCAAAGAGAGCAGAAAGAGAAGAAAAACACCGCAUCAGCAGAGACUGCAAAGUAG